AUGAAUCCACCUUAUACUAAUCCUUUUGGAUAUUCUGCAGUAAAUUAUGGUACAUUAAGCCCUACAUACCAUCAACAAUCAUUACAACAACUUCAACCAAUUUCUUCAAAUCAAUCAGAAACAUAUCGUGAUUAUCAUAUUUCUCAACACCAAACACAACAAGAUUCUCGAUUAUUCACACACCGCCCUAUAACAUCUUCUCCUAAUAUUUAUACAUCACCAGUGAGAUAUGCAAAAUUAUCAUCAGAACAUGAACCUUCACCAUUUCCUUCUUCAAUUGAUAGAAUUAGACACUCAUCGUUAUCUUCUCCUCAGCAACAAUAUCAUUAUCAAAGAACAUCACCACCUCCUCCAAUUAUGACAGUACGAAGAGAUCCAUUAGAUUAUGUAUCAGAUCAACGAUCACUCUAUUUAUAUAGAGAUAAUAUAAGACCAAUUUCUCCAGACCCUUAUUUUCCUUAUUCAUCAUUUGAAAGAACAAUUUAUAAACAACGAGUUGAUUCACCUGAUUUCUCAUUAAAACAAGAAUAUGAUAUUUAUCCAUAUCAAUCAUCAAAACCUAUACGAACAAAUAUGUCAGAAGAUAACGAACCAAGAUCAUUUUCUGUUCCUAUUAAAAACGUUCAAAAAGUUAUUCCAGAAAAAGAAUUUCUAGUCACAGAAGAAUAUACAGGUGAAAGAGAAUUUGAAACAAUGAAUGAGGCAAUCACUGUAUUAACUUCUUGGGCUGAAACACAACAUGUUGUAUUGAGGAAAGGAAGUGGUAAUAACAAAACACUGAAGGAUGGAACGAAAAAGAAAAUUGUUUUAGUAUGUCAGUGUAGUGGCAAAUAUAGAAGUUGUUCAUAUUCUCCAAGAGGUGGGUCUUCUGCCUCUAAUUCAAGUUGUGAAGAAGGACAACCAACAACUUCUACUCCACAACGAACAGUCAAAAAAAGAAGGUCAAAGAAAACUGAAUGUCCUUUUAGAAUUAAUUUGAAUUAUAGGGCUAAUACUAACACUUGGAAUAUUACUAAAAUGAUACUUGAACACAACCACGAAUAA